GUUUAUUGUAGAAUCAAGCCACUAGGAGACAACGACGAAGAAUCGUGUGUGAAUAUCAUUGAUGAAAAUAAGAAAAUUCUACAACUAACAGCGCCAAAAUUUUCUCAAGCKUUCAAAUCAGGACAUCGAAUUGAGACUCAACACACAUUCAAGCAUGUWUAUGAUGUGGAUACAACACAGAAAGAGUUGUUUGACCAACUGGCAUUUCCUCUGGUAGAUGAYCUUAUUCAUGGCAAAAAUGGACUAAUCUUUGCCUAUGGUAUAACUGGAUCUGGAAAAACUCACACUAUGACUGGAACGCCCAGUGAUAGUGGUUUAUUACCACGAUGUCUGGAUGUCAUAUUCAAUAGUAUAGGAGAACUACAAACAGAAUCGUGUGUUUUCAAACCUGAUAAGAACAAUGGAUGGGAGGUGCAAUCUGAGCAAGAUGCAAAACUUGACAGAGAAAUCAAAGAAAAAGAAGCAUUAUUGAAGGCAUCAGCACCUACACCAAAAAGAAAUGGUAACAUGGAUACAGAUUWCUCAGACAUGGUUCGCAUACCAGAGACUGGAAAAAUUGAUAAUGUUGAUGAAGACAAUGGAUACUCRGUGUUUGUUUCCUACAUUGAGAUAUACAACAACUACGUCUAUGAUCUUUUGGAAGAAGUUGAGAUUGAUCUCAUUUGUCCAAAGCCACCUGUCUCCAAGAAUCUGAGAGAAGAUUUUGAUAAAAACAUGUUUGUCAGUGGAGUUACUGAAGUCGAAGUAAAGAGUACUGAGGAAGCUUAUUCAGUGUUUUGGAAAGGCCAGAAAAGAAGACGUGUUGGRCAGACAAUAUUGAAUCAAGAGUCAAGCCGUAGCCACAGUGUGUUCGCAAUAAAACUCGUUCAGGCUCCAUUGGAUCCUGAUGGUGAAGAGGUUUUACAGGAUAGUGGCCAAGUAGCAGUGUCAACAUUGUCYCUUUGUGAUCUGGCUGGUUCAGAAAGAACCAAAAGAACUAACACUGGUGGUGACAGACUAAAAGAAGCUGGAAACAUUAAUAAUUCUUUGAUGACUCUAAGGACAUGUAUUGAAAUACUACGYGAAAACCAGUCAAAUUAUGAAAAUGGACAGCCAACCAGAAUUGUCCCUUACAGAGACAGCAAGCUAACACAUCUUUUUAAGAACUUUUUUGAUGGUGAAGGAAAAGURAGAAUGGUUGUCUGCCUUAAUCCAAGUGCUGAAGAGUAUGAUGAGAGCAUACAUGUAAUGAAGUUUGCUGAGCUCACUCAAGAAGUGGUUGUUGCWAGGCAAUCAGCUAUCAAGUUUGAAACUGGACUUACUCCAGGAAGAAGAAGAGCCAAUCAGAUGUUCAGGGAGGCAUUGGCGCAAGUUGAUACCAAUUCAGGACAAAACAAGGAUGAUACAGUAAUUAUUGCAAAGCCAAUUCACACCAUGGGACCACCUUUCCCUCUUACUUUGUUGACGUCUGCAGAUGACAGUCAUACCCUUUUCAAUUUGAUYGAAUAUUUACAAGGAAGAGAAAGAAGACGCCGGACGCUACUUGAUGAUUUGGAUAGAAAACAGGGAAUUUUCAGGGCACAGCUUUUAGACAUUGAGAAGGAAAACAGUGGAGCCAACAAUGCUAUCAGUAAUUUGAAGGCCACUAUGGAGGAAAAGGAUAAGGAAAUCCAGAGACUUGAAAGAAGAUUGAAAGCAGCCCUUCAUAAGAAUGAAAUGCUUCAGAAAACAGCUACAAUGUAUGAAAAUGAAAAGAGAGAGCUACAAUAUGAGCUUGUAGACUUGAAGAAGAGAGCAGACAAGGAAAAGCAAGAUAAACUAAAAUUGAAAACUGCUCUAAAGGGUGUGGUCAGUCAAGAAAAAGAUAAAUGGGAAAGAGAAUGUAAUAAACGAGUGAAAUCCAAGGAAGACGAGAUGCAAGCAAAAGUCUGGCAAAGAGAAGAAAAGUUGCGACAACUUAAAGACAUUGUACAGAAUAUGAAAAGUGACAGACCAAUGACAAGAUCACAAACAAGAUCAGGGAGCAACUCAGAAAGGUCUAAAUCACCACCACCGGUUGCUAAGAAGCCUCCAAUGAAAGCAAGACACAGAAGAUCAAAAUCUACUGACUGCUGGAUUGAACAUAAACCACCUUGCAAUCUAGAAACAGACAAUGUAAUGCAACCUGUWCUUCGCCACAAGAGAACUGUCACUCAACCACAAGGCAGAGACUUUGCCAGUGGUGAUGUGUAUGAGACCAUAGCUGGUGGCUCRAGUGUACAGUUUACUGGAGUUGAGACACUAAGAACAAAGCAACAAUUGCAGUCCAGUCCAGACAGAAAACGAAGAGCAUCUGAUGAAGAUGAACAAUGUUGGACUGAUGUUGAAACAAGGUGUGCUUAUGCCAUUGAAUGCAAACCAGAUUCAGGCCCUGCAUAUUUGCACAAGCGCAAAAAGACCUGACUUGAAGCAUAAAAGACAUGAAUUGAGCAUAAAUCAAGCAGUCAAAAGAGCAGCACUAAAUGCCACAACACACUCAGUGGCAUCCACAGCUAAUUAAUGAACAAGAUAAUAGCAACUUUACAACACUUUCUUUUUAAUUACUAAAUCUUUAACAAAGAUACACUAGAUUUCAAACAUGUAGAAUGUAUUAUCCUCCAAUUUAAACCCAUUUUUUAUGUGUGAAGGACAGUCUUUAAUAUUUUUGAAAUCUGCUGUACUUCAUGUAAAUAUAGAAAUAUUUAUGUUGCAUUACAACUUACUGUAAAACUAAACAUGCCAAUAACAAAUGUAAAGGGAAAUAAAA